AUGACUAAAGAAGAAAUAAAAACUUUAAACGAAAUCAAGUCUAAUGAAAACAUUGUUGUCGUUCAAGCAGAUAAAGGAGGCAAGAUUGUGAUAUUAGAUAAAGAUGAAUAUAUUAAGAAAAUUGAAGAGAAAUUACUUGAUGAGAACAUCUAUGAACAAAUAACUAAAGAUCCAACAGAACACAUAAAAGAGAAAAUUAAAACAGAAGCAGAUAAAUUGUUAGCACUUAAUAAAAUCAAUCAAGCGAAACACUUCGAAUUAACUGGCAUCGACGAUCUUCCAAGAAUUAGAGGUCAACCGAAGUUACAUAAAGUAAAUAAUCCGAUGAGAAUCGUUACGUGCUCAAAAGACACUAUCACUUCACCUGUAUCCCGUUUUGUAUUCAAAAUGAUUAAGGAUUUAAGAUCCACUAUUGACGGAGUGGUGUGCAAUACUAUGAAAUUCGUUGAAGAAAUUUCUGAUCUUCCCAUUAAAAAAGAAGAACAUCUUGCCAGCUUAGAUAUACAAGAUUUAUUUACUAAUAUUCCAGUGACUAGAGCAGUAGAUAUUGUGGUCCAGAAACUGGUUGAAUCGAACAAAUUGAUCAAUUCUGAUUUAACUAAAACAGAUAUAAAAAGACUACUUCUCGUUUCUUUGAAUAAUAGCUAUUUCCAGUUCAACGGAAAAUUUUAUCGUCAAAAGAAGGGACUUCCGAUGGGUAAUUCAUUGUCACCGUUAUUAGCUGAUCUAUACAUGGAUAACUAUUUGAAAGAACAUUUAAAAGAAGUAAACAUUCCUAACAAGAUUUGGCGGUACGUCGAUGAUAUCCUGAUAUUAACAGAGAAAAAUGAACAACAGCUAAACAAUUAUGUGGAAAAAUUAAAUAAAAUUCGUGGAAGUAUUCGUUUCACUUAUGAAUUUGAACAAAAUGACAAAAUCUCGUUUUUAGAUACAACGUUAUCCCGACGUAACGAAGGUGAUCAAAUGAAAAUUAAAGUUAGAUGGUUUCGUAAGACAACAGCUGCAGACAGACUACUAAACUAUAAGUCAAGUCAUUCAAAAUCGAUCAAAAACAACAUUGUGAAGAAUAUGGCAACUCGAAUCCUAAAAACAACGAAAGAAGCAGGAGAACAGAAGGAAGACUUACAAAAGCUGAAACAAAUGCUACUGAAUUCUAACUAUCCGUUGAAAGAAAUUGAUAAACUAAUUAAACAAUCAUGUGAAUCAAACAAUAGGCAUCGAACUAGCAACAAAAAAGAUGAAGAAACAAAAUAUAGUGUCAGUCUACCGUAUGUUCCAGGAAUGGAAGUGCUGAAAAGAAAAUUGGAAAAACUGAAAAUUAAAUUGUAUUUUUCGUACCCUAACAAAAUUCAAUCACACUUUAAUCGUACUUUGAAAGAACCAUCGAAGUCAGUUAUUUAUCAAAUACAAUGUAGUUGUGAUCCUCCCCAAAUAUAUAACGGUGAAACAAAAGUUGGAAUUGAUAAUAGAAUGAAACAGCAUUUUCGCUUGAUAAACAACGAUGAGGAAAAAUCGGAAAUGGUGCAACAUCAACAACAAAAUAGAUAUCAAUGCCUAUUUGAUACAGACAAUGCCUUUAUCGUUGAACAAGAGAAAAACUGGCGUAAACGUAGACUAAAAGAAGCAAUUUAUUCGAAAGUGAAUAAAUCAGUCAAUGAACACGAUGAUAUUAGCAGUGAUUGGAACCCUAUUCUUUACAAGGCAGAACAAGAAAUUAAAAGAAAGAUCCAAUCAAGUCGAGAAACAUUUGAGAAAUAUAAAAGAACUAAGACUUAG